GGAGAUACACUGGAUUAUCUUGGCAUCCCAGGACUCCACUUGGCUGGAAGCCAAGGAGUGAUUGUCAUAGCCAUCUGUCAAGCCCUUCUGAUGGUUGGACCAGAAUAUGCAAGAUAUUGUGGGAUUGAGGCUCUGGAGCCUUUAGGAAUUUACUUGCCGGGUGACAUUAAUUAUCCUGGGGGUGCACUUUUUGAUCCCUUAAAUCUUUCCAAAGACCCUAAAGCUUUUGAGGAACUGAAGGUGAAAGAGAUUAAAAAUGGGCGCUUAGCUAUGAUUGCCUGGUUAGGCUUUUAUGCCCAGGCAGCUCUGACAGGUAAAGGCCCAGUUCAGAACCUUUUUGAGCACAUCUCGGAUCCGGUACACAAUAACCUGCUUUCCACUAUCAAAUCCCUGUAA